AUGAAGGCUGUGGUACAGCGAGUCCUCAACGCUUCAGUCGCAGUCGACGGUCAGACAAUCUCAUCGAUCGGCAAAGGACUAUUGGUUUUGGUCGGGAUUGAUAGAUAUGACGAGCCCAGCGAUGCUACGCAGAUAAUCAAAAAGGUGCUCACUGCUAGGCUGUUCGAUGACGAUCAAGGUGGGAUGUGGAAGAGAAGUGUCAAGGAUAUAGAUGGGGAGGUGCUUUGUGUCUCGCAGUUUACACUGCUGGCCAACUUCAAGGGAUCAAAGCCUGAUUUCCAUGAAUCGAUGUCGACCAUACCCGGUAAAGCAUACUACACCUCAUUUAUGGACGAGAUCAAAAAAGCCUAUCAUCCAUCUAAGAUAAAAGACGGUCAAUUCGGGGCAAUGAUGCAGGUGACUCUGACCAAUGAUGGCCCGGUCACCAUCCUCCUCUCUUCGCGCGCUUCUACCUCUUCCAAAUCCACACCUGCUCCCAGUACCACCGUCAGCCGCCCCUCCACUCCAAGCUCGACCAAGGGAAAAGGGAAGAGUAAGAGACCUCCCGAGACUCCUUCGGAACUGUCCAGCGUAGUACCCCCUGUGCAUCCUCCCAAGAACAGUGCAAAUAGCUCGGUGGACGUAGCUUCGAUAUCAUCGAUAACCGGUACGAUCGCCAGUGUCGGCCUGGGGCACAGUGGAAUGGUAAGGGAAAGUGAUGUGCAGGUCGCCGGAACGGGUGGAUCGAGAGAUGGAGACCAUGGUGAGUGA